CAUUUCCCCUUUCCACUGAUGUUUUCCUGCGGGAGAAAAAUACGACCCUGCUCUUCCCCCGGCUAACGUCGCAUAACUACUAAGCAGACCCCGGGAAUAAAGAAGAUAAAACGCGGUGGUUUCAGCCAUUGUGUGGGUCGUUUAAACGGAGAUAUGAGCAGCGCAGGCGCGUCUCGCUGAUUGCGUCGCCGCUCCAGAAACGGAACCAAAGGCAGCGUUAAAACCUGCUGGACUGAAAACGGUUUUCUCAUCUUUCUCCUCUGACGUUGGUAUUGAGUUGCGGCUUUCUCGACGUCAGCAGCCGCAGAUAUGUCCAAAUAUACCAGCUUUCCGGAGCCGAUGGAAGACCAGAACCCUUUCCAGGAUCCUGCUGUGACUCAACACAGCAGCAACACAGGAUAUGCCACACUGGAUCUCUACAACCCAUUUGACAAUCCAACAGGGCCUCCGCCACCGUACGAGCCCACCUCUCCCUCUGCUCCAGCCGUUCCUGCACAGACGCCGCCCAGCAGGACGACGCCCACCGAGGCUCGCAACUACGGCUCCUAUAACUCGCAGCCUGCAGUGAACGCUACCACGGCGGAGCUCCUCAGGAAGCAGGAAGAGCUGGAGAAAAAAGCCCAGGAGCUUGAGAGGAGGGAGCGGGAGCUGCAGUCACACGGCCUUGGACCUGGAGCCUCUCGUCAGAAUAACUGGCCUCCACUGCCUUCGUUCUUCCCUGUGGGCCCCUGCUUCUAUCAGGACAUCGACGUGGAGAUCACCCAGCGGUUCCAGCGUACCGUCACCAUCAUGUACUACUUCUGGAUGUUCUGCACCUGCACGCUGCUGUUUAACCUGGUCUCCUCCCUGGCGAUGUUCAUCGUGGACGCCUCCGGCGGGGUCGGUUUGGGUCUGGCCAUCCUCUGGGCCCUGCUCUUCACCCCCUGCUCCUUCAUCUGUUGGUAUCGACCCAUGUACAAAGCCUUCAGGAGUGACAGUUCCUUCAACUUCUUCGUCUUCUUCUUCAUUUUCUUCGCCCAAGUGGGCGUCUUUGUCAUCAUGACCAUCGGUAUCCCUGGAUGGGGAUUCAGUGGCUGGAUCGUGAGUCUGGCUGCUCUGAAGACGAGUGUCCCCGUCGGUGCCAUCAUGAUGAUCAAUGCCAUCUGCUUCACUGGCCAGGCUGCCAUGGGAGUCGUCAUGCUGAAGAGGAUCCACAGUCAGUACAGGCAAACCGAAGCCAGUUUUGUGAAGGCUCAGGCUGAGUUUGCCACCGGAGUCAUGUCUAAUCAGGCCGUGCGCCAGGCGGCCGCCUCUGCCGCCCAGGGAGCCUUCACUCCACCUCGGUAGAGGAGCCGACGGGACCGGGAGGGCGAGGUGUGGAGGCUCAAGAAGACCUUUUCAGCGUGAUGGGGAACCGGUUAGGUGGAGCUGAGUCUUUAUAUUUACUUCCUGGGCAACCAGACCUCAAGACACAUGCAUGAGGCAGACCGGGGUUGUCUAAUAUCUAGAGCUGCAUUGCCAAACUGAGGUAACAAAUCAUAAAGAUUGAUUCAAGUGGCUCUAUGAAAUUUGAUGCUCUCACACACAGUGUCCGUUAAGCAGGAAAAUUACUGUGUGCCAAGUGGGGUGGGAUUAUACUGGAUAAGUCCCAUGUUUAAAUGACUUGGAUUGUGUUUAUGAAUACCCAUGUUUGAAGCAAGGUGUAAAAGAGGGGGCUGCACUUUGAAAUGUUGCUUUUAUAACGUUUGAGCCACGAUUGAGCCGCUCAGCUUUAGCCGACACUGAUUCUUGUUGCUUAAGUGUUUAACUAACAAUUUGUUUUUGUUUUCACUACAAAUGAGAAUGCCUGUUUUCUGUGUUGCCAAAAUCUCUCAUAUUGCAAACAUUUUGGACAUGUUGUGUUGUGUUUUCCAGUAUCAUUGUUCUGUUGGUGCUGUUUGUGAUGGUUAUUAGAGGUCAAUGUCUUGGUUUUAUUAAUGAUAAUAAAAUAAUAAGAAGAAGAA